UCGGUUAUGGCGCUCCAUGUAUGCUUUACCUGCCAGCGUAUUGCACCCUGCAGUUAUGAUAGUUAUGGAUAACUCAGCAGUUAAGUCACAGAUUUUUGACACGAAGGAGCAGGGUUCGAAUCCUCCUCGGGGCGCAUUGAGCAAUGACCAUCAGUGUGGGUCCAAUCUUAUUUUGACACACAAAUAGACAACAAAGGUGCUCUAACCUGGCUCUCUCAGUUCAAAGGAAUUCAUAUGUGGUGUUUGUAUUCAGAAUGCUGCACAGUUCUUUAAUAAAGUCCUUUAUUGCUGUCCUAGGCUUCUCCUUGUCCUACCCUCACAGUUCAUUUGAUUGCCAUAUUAGGUAUCGUACAUAAUGAAAGGACUAUUGGGAGUGGCUGAUGGCCUCCUAUAGCUUUGUAGCACUCACUAUAAAAAGAUGAAGCAUCAGACAGUCAGCCACCUGAAGUGAUCUAGAUCAGAGGGACCACAAUGAAGCUCUGCUUUUUCUUUGUUUUGACGCUCGCUGGUGCUGCAUCAGGGGCCAUUGAGAAGAGGAUUGUUGGGGGUAAAUCCUGUGGCAAGGAGAGGCAGUACCAUGUCCAGAUACAGUCUGUCCAGGGGGGGAAGUCCUGUGGAGGCUCUCUGAUCAACACCCGCUGGGUCAUCACUGCUUCUCACUGUGCAGAACAGCUUGUGAAAGUGAAGCUUGGCGUAAACAAUGAUGUGUCACUUAUUUCAAAAGCAUGGUCGUUCUUAAAAGGAUCAUCCAAAAAAUAUGAGCAAGACAUUCAAACUGACAAACAGUUUACCUUCAAAGACGAGGAGGGGCAUUUCCAUGACAUCAUGCUCAUAAAACUGAAUGAGGAUAUGUCUGGUAAACUUCCCACCAUCAAGCUUCCUCCUGUUGGGUGUACCAGACCAGCGAAGGAUCAGCAGGUUGAGGUUGGAGGCUGGGGAGCCAAGACGGCCGACGUAAAAAAGGCCAAAACCCCUGGCAGUUUGAGGUGUGCCAGCACAGAUAUCCAAGAUUGUGGUGAGAAUGAUAAACCUGGUAGCAAGUACCACAGUGAUGAGACUACCACCAUGUGUGCCUUUAAGGCCGGUGUGGAGACCUGCUUUGGGGAUGCAGGUUCAGCUGUGGAGCAUAACAGUCUCUUACAUGGGAUUAUUGUCAGCAACCCCGUUGAUAAGUGUGCAAACCCGAUUGUAAUGCUGGAUAUCUGUCACUACAGGGAGUGGAUUGAUAAAAUCAUGAAGGAAAAUCCAUGAGUAACCCUCACAGGUUAAUACAGAAAUCACAAAUAUCUCAUAUCUUUUCAUUUAUAAUCAUAAUCACCUAAUUUCGUGUUAGUUUACUUUAGUAUAAAACUGAACGACUAGGGGGGAGUCAAUUCCAGGUAUGGUUAGACUGGUUUGCUCCUUGGCAAACAAAUUAUAUUAAAGGGCAUUUAGGGCCACUGUGCUAUCUAGAUGUCUCUCUUUAAAAAUAUGAUUGUGGGCUAUAUUUAAAUACUUGUUUUCUUUCUGAAUUCCUUCUCUAAAACCAAAUUUUCCCCCAUGAAUUAAAAAGAUGAUCCUUAAAAAGGUGAUCUCCCAGAGCUCAAGUGUUAUCUGUUAUCUCUUUACAGUGUAUUUGCCUGUCAAAUGUCUUAUUUCCAUAAGAGUUUGACUGCUUUCAAAUUGUGGUCGUAUUUUCACUUUACAAGGGACAUGGGUACAGCCAUACAGUAUAUACAGAGCAUAGAAACUUUUCCCUUGUACUCUACCACUGCUAUUUACUACUUAAGGGUGUUAUUUUGUUAUAGUACCCCUAAAUCCUAAAUUACUGUUGAUUUAGAACUACACUAUAACACAGUUAUGGUGUGUAUCUUGAUACUUCUGGAUUCAUAAAUUCAGAUCAGUUUUAAAUACAAUUAAAAGGACAGAACUAGAGACGUGAAGUGUGAUCACUAUUUUUCAGCAUGCCAUGUAUCAACACACUUUAAUAGGUGUUGAAAACAUACCAACCCAUAUGUUGCUGUACGAGGUAUAACAAGAUUCUGUAGUCUCUAAAGACUCAACUUUUUAAUUCAGAUAAGCACAUAAAUACAUAGAAAUGUUUCAUAUGAUUGAAUGAUAUGCACUCAUUAUCAUUACAGCUGUUCUUCUAAAGCCUUCACAAGACUGUUUGGAGGCAGCCUAUAAAAAUUUAAAUUGGCCAGUUCUUUGCACAAAAGCACCUAGACUUGUGUCUGACUCUCACUUGCGCACACACACACACACACACACACACACACACACACACACACACACACACACACACACACACACACA